AGGGUCAAGUCUUCAUGGUUGGACCAAAUGUCACCUUAAAUAAAAUCCCACAACUUGACACAACAAAUUCUUCUGUGGACAUUGAUCUCAUUGUGAUCGCCAAGAACAACAAUGAAAGAUCAGCUGCUGUGGCUUUCAUGAGCUACAGCACGAUGGAGAAUCUACUGAAGCCAGACUUCUUCAACACCUCAAAUGACAUGGUUAAAACCAUGAUGUCCACUGUGAUCUCAGUUACUCUUCCCAAAACCAACAACACUAAACUCACCAAACCAGUCAACUUCACCUUCAGACACAUCAGAGAGUUUGAUCCCACCAGUUCUCUUUCCUGUGUUUACUGGAAUAUCAGCGAAUGGAUUGUAGAUGGUUGUUCUGUUUUAAAGACCAACAGCAGCUACACUGUGUGUUCCUGUGUUCAUCUGUCGACUUUUGCUCUCAUCAUGCAAACCAGCCGCCCACCAGAGAGCGACUCUCAACUGCUGGAUCUGUUGAAUCUGGUGUGUGUGAUCGUGGGACUGGUGUUCUUCAGUUUGGCCCUGUUGACCUUUGCCCUUUGUCAUUGGAGUCCUGGAGUGAAUAAUGUGGCUCGAAUCAACAUCUGCAUCAGUCUUCUGUUGGCUCAUCUUCUGUUCCUGCUCACACAGCAUUUCCUGAACAUCAUACGGCCUCAGCAGGUGUUGUGUGCCGUGAUCUCAGGCCUUCUGCACUUCCUCUUUCUCUCCGGCUUUGUGUGGAUGUUCAUUGAAGCUGUGAUGCUCUUCAUCUGUGUGAAGAACCUAUCACAGAUCAGCUCCAAAAAGAGGGAGGUGCUUAGCAGUGGAUUCCUGUGUGUGAUUGGAUAUCUGAUUGCUCUGGUUGUGGUGUGUGUCUCUGUCGGUCUGGUUCCUGAAGGCUACGGCAGCGAACGCUGCUGGAUUAAAAUCGAUAAAGGCUUCAUCUGGAGUUUUCUGGGUCCUGUUUGCGUCAUACUAGCAUCAAACACACUUCUCUUCAUCAAGAUCGUCAUCAGUCUGAACUCAACUCUCAAAAGUCUCAAUGCUGAAGUUUCACAGAUGAAACAAACCAAGAUUAUGGUGUUUAAAACACUGGCUCAGUUUGUGGUUCUUGGUUGCCCCUGGAUUCUGGGUUUCUUCACUAAUGGUAGGAAGGAGCUGGAGAUCCUCUUCCUGAUCUUGAACUCCCAGCAGGGAACCUUCAUCUUCCUGAUCUACUGUGUCCUCAAUAAUGAGGUUAGGCAGCAGUACAAGAAAUUCUUCAGAUGUCUUUGUUGCAUCAAACAACACUGA